AUUAGCUUCAUCCACAUGCUAACUGCUAACCUGAGAUGCCCUGAAUGUUGGGUGACAUUGACAUUAUCUUUAUAUAAAGAUCCGAAUCACAAUCCGGUUUAUUGUGUUUACACACACAAGGAAUUCGGUUCCAGCUGUUGUCUCAAAAGAAACAUGACUGCCCCUCCAUCAUAUGUUGAUCUCGGCAAAGCAGCAAAGGAUGUUUUCAAUAAGGGAUACGGGUUUGGGCUGGUGAAGCUCGAGCUGAAGACCAAGUCAGCCAAUGGAGUGGAGUUUAAGACAUGUGGCUCGUCCAACACUGACACGGGAAAAGUGAGUGCAAAUCUGGAGACCAAAUACAAAUGGGACGAGUACGGAGUGACAUUCACUGAGAAAUGGAGCACUGACAACACACUGGGUACUGAGAUCAGUGUGGAGGACCAGAUCGCUAAAGGACUGAAGGUGACAUUCGACACGUCGUUCUCUCCAAACACAGGGAAGAAGAAUGGGAAGGUGCAGACGGCAUAUAAGUGUGAGUAUCUCAAUGUGGGCUGUGACGUGGACUUCGAUUUCUCUGGCACGUUGGUUCAAGGUGCCGCUGUUCUGGGCUACGAGUCUUGGCUCGCUGGCUUCCAGGCGACCUUUGACCCCACCAAGUCCAAAAUCACCCGGAACAACUUGGCCAUCGGCUACCGGGCGCGAGACUUCCAGCUGCACACACACGUGAAUGACGGCUCUGAGUUUGGAGGCUCUGUGUAUCAGAAGCUGAAUGAUAAUCUGGAGACAGCAGUGAAUCUGGCCUGGACUGCGGGGAGCAACAACACACGCUUCGGCAUCGCUGCCAAGUACACACUCGACUCCAAGUCCGCUGUUAAUGUUAAGGUGAACAACUCCAGUCUGGUUGGAGUCGGCUACACACAGACCCUCAGACCAGGAGUGAAGCUGAUUCUCUCUGCACUGGUUGAUGGGAAGAGCAUCAACGCUGGAGGUCAUAAACUUGGCCUGGGUUUUGAACUGGAGGCUUAAACAUCAUCCCUGUUUAUUCAUCUUUCUGUGUGUUUGUAUUUGAAGAACAUUCUUGCUCUGUCACACACACACACACAAUUACAUAUACUACAUCAUUCCCUUGAGUUUCAGCACUUUAGUUAAUCCUCUAUAUUUAUUUAUUAACAACCCCUCCCCCCCCACACACACACUCCACUGGAUGUGGGAUCAUCUUUACCGUAUUUUCCUGAGUAUAAGAACAUGUAUUUUUGUCCCUGCUGUGUGUGUGUUUACUGUUGCUCCCUGCCUGUGUGCUUGAUGUUUUGAAUUAUAUAUAAAUCUUUGCUUUAAAGUUCCUGGCUGGUUCGUUAGCCUGAUUGUUGUAUUUAUGAUCAGUUUGGUGUUAAAGGAAUUUAGAGUUAUUGUAUCCUUGCAGAAUGAAUAAAGAGCAUGCAAAACUAACAGAACAAGUGCUAAGUUGUGCUGCACCACUACGGGGUGCUGACGUGCUGUUUUAGAAAAUAAAGUACCGGUCAUGUUAAUCUGAUUUUACACUUAUAGUCUGGAGAAUACGGUAAAUGCUCUUUGUGAGUGUAGAGUUACUGUAUAAAUCACAUUAAAGCUGGUAUUCAGCUA